UUUGCUUUUCAGUUUAGUUCAAUUUGUUUUUAAAACAGUUUGUUAGAUUUUGAAAAAGUAGCUUUAGUAUCUGUGGUAUUUGUCGGGGACGAGGUAGCUUCUGCUUGGCGUCCUCCCUCACCUUGUUAAGCUAAGCUAACUUAGCCCUUCUUCUGCAUCUUUCAUCACCUUCUCCUGCGAGGCAGCUGCUCUUAGCUGAUUCCCAGUCGGGCCUGUGGAAUAAACUGAAGACGUUUAGUCAGUUUGUCUCACGGCACAGUCUCAGUCAGCUAUUGUUGUUUCCGUAAAGUUUCUUCACACCUAGUUGUCAUUUUUAUGUUAGUUUGUGUUAACGAUAACGACCUCGGUGAUUGAUUCAGGGAUUCAAGGAGGUCAGAGCGAGCGGCUCAGGACGAUAACAGCAAAGAGCGAGAAAGUGUAAAAAACUGCACAUUAAGCAUCUAACGUGUGUUUCAGGUCCGGGUUUGGCCUUCAUUGCGUACCCGAUGGCGGUCAGUCUGAUGCCGGUGGCUCCUCUCUGGGCGGCGCUCUUCUUCUUCAUGCUGCUGCUGCUGGGACUGGACAGUCAGUUUGUCGGCGUGGAGGGUUUUGUCACUGGAAUUCUGGACGUGUUUCCUGGAAAGCACCACCAUCGCUACAAACGGGAGAUCUCUGUGGCGAUAUGCUGCUUGCUGUGCUUCAUUAUAGACCUCUCCAUGGUGACCCAGGGAGGGAUGUAUGUCUUCCAACUGUUUGACUACUAUUCGGCCAGCGGGAUGACACUGCUGUGGCAGGCAUUCUGGGAAUGCAUAGUAGUUGCCUGGGUCUACGGUGCCGACCGCUUCAUGGACGAUGUGGCCCGUAUGAUUGGCUACCGGCCUUUCCCCUGGAUGAAGUGGUGCUGGUCCUUUAUAACUCCAUGCGUGUGCAUGGGCAUCUUUCUGUUCCACCUCAUUAACUACAAGCCGCUGACCUACAACAACGUGUACGUGUACCCGUGGUGGGGCGAGGUGAUUGGCUGGUGUUUGGCGCUGUCCUCCAUGCUCUGCAUCCCCAUCAGCCUCCUCUACAAACUCUUCAGAGCCAAGGGAACCUUCAAAGAGCGCUGGGCCCACCUGACCACUCCGGUGUGGGGGGUCCACCACCUGGAGUACAUGGCCCCCGACAUCAAGUCCCUGACCUCGCUGUCCCCCGGCACCGACGACAACAAGGUCAUCAUCUUUGAGAGCGUCAUGUAGGCGGGACUCCGCCGAUCACAGCGCUCCAUCUCCAUCCGUCCCACCUGUGACAAGAUGGCCGACACCCGACCUCCAGACUUACCUCCACCCGGCACCCGGCCUCAGAGUGGACCUCCCCGGAUCCGCUGGUCGGUCUGUCUCCUCUGCUCCACCAAACGUCAGCCGGACCAAAGCUUCCCUCUUUUCCAGAUGAACUAAAUUUGUGAUUAAAACCAGCAGCUCACUGAGUUCUUUCCCCGCAGAGGGCGUCGCUUCGUCGACGUCUCAAUAAAGGACGAAAUGUUCCCACAACACGUCAAAGAGCACGAGAGGAGGACCUGGAGGCUGGACUUCCUCCAUGUUGGAUGAAGGCUGCAAUCUUGUCUUGGUGGGGGGGGGGGGGGGGGGGGGGGGGGGCUAUGCAAACACACACGCACACACACGCACGCACACACGCACACACACUCUCAUCAUCACACCAACAACAUUCAGUCUGGAAUUGUGGGUAAAAAUGUGAACGCAUGUGUUUGGUACGUUGACCCUGUGUGUGUGCUGGCUGUUUAUCCAGACAGAGUUGUGGACCGACGGACUGACUGACCCCCAGAAGGUAGCAGAGGUCAUCUGAGGGAAUCCGCUUCAGUCCUGCAGUCAAACCUGUAAAAGGAAAAGUUUCUGAUCCUGAACGUGACUUUUCUUGACCACGUCUGAGAGUUCGGCUGCAGGACUGAAGCGUAAAAGAAGUUCCUGUUCCAGAGCAGCCAGCGGUCUUUGAUCCCGUCUAUGAGCACUUUAUGUGACGUGUGAUUGUUGAAGUCUGAAACUCAAACCGCCGUUUAAACAUAUCAGCACUGCUCGUCUCCUUCCAGCGCUGAAGCUAAAGUCCUGCUACUGAUCCCAGAACAGUCCGGACUCCUAAGCAGUGAGCGGGUCUCUGACCUCCGACCUGUUGUCACACCGAGGUCCACCUGGAUCCACCUGGAUCCACCUGGGUCCACCUGGGCCCAGCUGGGCCCACUUUUCCCUGAAUGCACACAGAAAGGAAACAUCCCAACUGAACGUCCACUUACCAGCUGAACCUGCAGCUUUCCAAAAAAAUUAAACAAGCAACAGUUUUGCUAAUUUGAUGAUUAUCAGGUGAUUUAUCAGGUCAAACACGACCCGGUUCAGCUUCUUACAAGCGGAUCUGGUUCCCGCAGAGCAGCUGCAUUGAUUAUUAGAGAACAUGUUCUGCAGCUGGGUCACUUUGUGCCGUCGUUCGGUUUGAGUACAGAACCAGUUUCAUUCGGCCGGGUCGUGUCGUUGCCUCAGUUACCUGACCUUAGGCUCCUCCUUCUGUCAAUCACAACUCGGCCAUCCGACCAAUCCCAGGCUCAUCCAGGAGUCCUGGUCUGAACACAAACAGAGAUUAAAGUCUGACGCAGCACAGUUCAGAAUAACACAGAGACUGGAAUCCCUCUGGGAUUAACCCCUUCUGGUUCUGGAUCCGACUUCAUGUGUGAGAAGCAGGUCAAAGGUCGGGCUUUCCUCUGCGUCCCCGGGCCGUCGACUAAAGUGCCAAACAGAGCGAUAAUCGCCCUGCAGGGCUGAUCCCAGACCAGGGCUCAAGGCUGCCAAUAUCAACCUCCUUUCUCUUCUUCUUCUUUUUCUUUCUCGUUUCUAUAGUCUCAUCAAGGCUGAGCUCCUCCCACCAAACGCCGCGCUCUCCUCCAGCUGAAGCUGGUCCUGAAACUGAACAGGAACACGUUAGGAACUGGUUUCCUGGGCUGGUUCUGAUUACAGAUUCAUUCUUAUUUCGUCUUACAAACCUGCUGGUUCUGUCCAUCCCUGAAAACCCAGAUUCAUCCAGUCAGCACAAAGGACAGCCGCCGAGGCUCCAUGAAGCUCCAGUUUCACUGUUAAAGGCAUCCUUAUCAAACGUGUUUGAGUUUUUAGUGGCUGAUAUUUUGUAAUCAGAUGUUAGAGUCAGCCUCCAACAUCCAGGACGUGCUGGGCUCAGAUCGACCAGCAGGACCUUCAUUUUAAAUUUAAAACUCUAAAGUCGCCGUGAGGGUUAGGGUACUGAGAAAGGAUCAGAGGAAGAGUCCGUAUGAACCGGUCCGAUCAGCUGGUGGGGGAGAUGAGAGCCGGGGGACUCAGCUGGACGCCGAGCGUUGCCUUACGUCGUUGUCUUAACUCCAGAGCCCGUACGGCUGACUAGCCAAACCCUGCAGGACUGCAGGCUCUGGUUAGUUUCCACCAAUCAGCAGUCUGUGGGGGGGGCGUGUCUCCAACUCUGUCUCCUAGCAAACACUCACCAUCCACCUAUCAGGGGGAAGCAACCAUCAGAAUGUCAGAUUUGAUGAAAGUACACGUUUGCACACUGUUGGCCGGCACUUUGAAACAGAAUCCUGUUAGAAGUUUUCUUUUACAUAUUGUAAAAUGAACCAGAGAUUUAUUUUGUGGAGGCUUUUAUUUUGCUGAUACAUAUACAGAUAUAUAUAUAUAUAUAUUGAAUAUCUUUGUGUGGUAUCAAUAUUUAAUGCACUAUGUAAAUGUGAUGAUGAUGAUGAUGAUGAUUUCUGACUGAUUGUUCACGUUGAGCCGGCGAACACGAGCUUCAGGCUCCCUCACUCAAACCUUCAGAUCCAACUUCUUUUAGCUUCUAAUGCUAACGUCAGCAGCAGGUUAACGCUUCCCCGCUCGGCCCGCUUCAGGCCGCAGCUUUAAAGGUUCUCCAACACCAGCGCCAUAACGACAAGCUGAAAUCUGACAGCACAUGUGAUGCUGUGAAAAUAAAACUGGCUUAAGAAAUUAAACCAAAACUGUAAAACUGGGCUCACUGGACGUAGACGUGUCACAUUUGGUGGCUCUGCUUCCGGAGUUAAUCUAUUAAAAGUACGCUGGAGCAGUGAGGUGACGUCUGACUGGCUAAUGUGAACAAGCAGCGAGCGGCGGGGCUUUUUAUUUUGGCGGGUUUGCUGCAAUGCAGUGAUGUUAAGGCCGGCGAGGCUUCGUGUGGCUCUGAACACACCAUGAAAGGGAAUCUUUCUUUACUUUUUUGAUUUCUAAUUUUCAAAGUGCUCAAAUGUUUGAAGAGUUUUAGUUUUAGUUGGUUUAUUUUGUCUCUGUGUGUUUCCCCCACGGCUCACAUUAUUAUAAGUAUUAUUAUUUCCAAGCAGAAAGGAAAGUUUGAUCUACUUUCCACAUGUUCUACAUCAUGGCAGAUGGUGCAGUAACUUUAAUUAAUGUUUUAAAAGUGAACAGAAAAAACACGGUAAAGGCUGAGGAAGCCCAUGUGACGCUGCAACGACCAGCUGAUCAGUACGCAGCAGAACAGCUACCUCAAAGGUGAGAUGGCCACCUGGACAGACGCUGCAGCAGAAAAAACAACUACAUGUCCCAGCAGUCAGUGGGAGCUUCCAGACACCUUCUUACCAGUUAAUCAGUUAAUAUGAGACAUGGCCAUAUAUGGAGAGUCCCAGCAGCCAAUCCGCUCAGUCCCUUCCUGAUCUUAAAAACACAACGCAAUCACGCCAAAACAAGUCUGAAACACAAAUGGCCGCCUCACGGCCGCCAAAGUCUGUCCUUCAGGGUGAUUAAACCCAAACUGAGGGGUGUUCACUAUCGACCCUCACACGAUCAGCUGUGACGUUAACAAUCCCAAGUAUCACUGGCUGCACCAACGAUCUGCUUCUAGCGUCUCUGAUUCUCCAUCUUUGACCUGAAGCAUCUUUCUGAAUAAUCUUUUAAUUAGGAACUGAAGACGGACUCUGACAGUUUAAAUCAGUUCAAAUCUGACUAAUUAAUGAUAGAAACUAGAUGAUUGGCUGGUCUGGAGAUUAUAACUCCGCAGUGCAGAUUAAAACUUUACAGAUCACAUGUUGUUGUAGGUCACAGGUGACUCAAGUGCCACUGAUAUCUGUGAUUCCACUAAUGAACUAACCUGAGCAGUAUUUUAUAGAAACUCUGAUCAAACAUAGAACCUUUUAUUUUUAAAGCAUUAUUGUUUUUUAACGUGUCGUCUCUGAGCUGGAGCCUGGGAGGGUCCGAGGGUCUGCAGCCGGAAAAUGAAAAUGUACGUUACCAGACGUUUCAUCUUGUCUUUGUGCUCUUCAGCCAAAAAAAACAACCUGUCAGCUGGUUUCCUUCAGCAGAGAGCGCCGGCCUCCCAGAAACGACUGAAGUCUGCUUCCCCCUCCAGGCGUUAUCAGACCAGCAGAGUUUACUUCAGCUUCAUUUUACUGUCAGUGAUUUUUUAGUGAUCAGUGAUUUUACAGCCAAAAACAUUGCCAAAGUGUUUUUUAACCUCCAAAAACAAAACUACUGAAGCUCAAAGGGAAAAAGAUUUGUUUCUUUUUGGUUUCUUGUGAUCACGGGAAAGUUGCUUUCUUUUCUUCAGGCUGGUAUUUACGACGCGUCACUGGUGCUCCUGAAAAACGAAAUCUUCCAUCAGGAUAUAAAACAACUUUCUCACCUUCGUGUGUUUUGGGAAGUUGACCUGAGGUCUGAUGUUGUAGCACUGGAAGCAGCAGGGGGCGCUCUCCCUCGGCGGGACACCCCAUCAUGUUUGGGCUGAAAACAGAGAGCAAGUCGCUUUAAAGACGAGAGAGAGACGUUGUCACUGGAGGUUCCUUUUAACAAAAACAUCACAAGGUUCAUCAGAUACGACGAAUAUAUGAAGAGCUAAAAUAAGUAGAUGAAAAAUUGAACAAGUCUUAUGAUGACGACUAAAGCCUGAUUUAUUCUUCUGAUAUCUGUGGCGUUGGCAAUGCACGUACCCUCACAUUUAUACUUGUGCGAUGGUGUCUGCAUCUCUCUGCAGUUACACCGCCAAAGCACUAGCUGAAGGUGGAUUUCUAUGUGCCACUGUUGACUUCUGCCGGUGAGCCAUCUAACUUCCUGUUAACCCUUCGCUAACUUGAAUUGAGGUACAAUAAUAACCGAGUGACUCUUUUAGAUUUUCCUAAUGUUAUCAACUGAAUGACUCGGGGGUUGUGACGCUCUAAAGAAAGUAUCCACCAUUUUACAGCCGCUGGUUUGGCUUCAAAGCACAGAGCACUUCCUGUGGAAAUGAUGCUACCAAUCCGACCAAUCACAGUUCUUGCGGUCUACGUCUCGGCCACAUGUAGUUACAUUUUUGAGGAUGUGCGAGUCAGGCUCAGCGCAGAGGUAUAAAUCAGGCUUUAACGUGUCCAAUUCUGACACCUGUAUCACAUUUCCAAUGGUAGCAGUGAUCAGUAGAGGUGUGUUGUCAAGCUCAUUGACGACUGUGUCCUCAAUUGGAAAAGGAAUCAUCCAAUCAGAGUCAUCUUCUUGUGACAGAGCCAGAAAAAUAGCAACAAAUAUAUGUCUAAUAAAAUGUCUCCAAGAGUGGGGGAGAUGGUAACAGCUUAAAACGUUUUUAUUAAUAUCGAAUGGAAAUGACAACAUCAUCAGCAAACAGUCGUCCACAGUCUGAAACCUCCGUCCUCCUCCGCUGCGUGAGCUUCCAGAAAUAUAGUUAAUCUUCAUCUUCUCUCCCUCUGGUGCUGAAACUAAGUUUUUUUUAAAGUGAUUUCAGUCUUGUGUGUUUUCAGCCCAAACUGAGCUACAUGCUGACCUUGCUCGUCCCGGCGUCGGCCAUUUUCUUGUACCUGUGUCUGUGUGACUUCCUGUAAACCGCAGUCUUCCAUCCAUACCUGUAGAUUAGACAAUCGAUUAGGUGAUAAGUAGCUUAAUUAAUGAAUAAAUAGCUGUGUUAAUGAUAGUGACGACACUAGGGGCUCUGCGUUGAAGAAAGAGUUUAACUUUGAGCCCUGAGGUCACCUGUUUCGUUGUUUGACCCCUGUGAGGGUCUUCAUGCUGUAAGCCACUGUGACCAUUCACUACCAAGGCAAUAAAACUAACGUCAUGACAAACAACUGA